AUGACACUCCAUGCCACCCGGGCCGCUGCACUCCUGUCAUGGGUGAACAGCCUGCGCAUGGCGGACCCUGUGGAGACUGUGCUGCAGCUCCAGGACUGCAGCGUCUUCUUGAAGAUCAUUGACAGCAUCCGUGGCACUGAAGAAGGGCAGCAUGUCAUAAAGAAGUCUGUAGCAGAGAGAUUGGACUUUGUGUGCACUUUUCUGCAGAAAAAUCGAAAACGUCCCUCUUCUUCAGAAUGCCUGGUAUCUGUGCAGAAAUUGAUGGAAGAGUCAGAGUUGGAAAUGGCCAAGAUAAUUAUGCUGCUCCUGUACCAUUUCACCAUGAGCUCCAAAAGCCUCAGGGACUGGGACCAAUUUGAAUACAAGAUUCAGGUUGAGUUAGCUGUCAUUCUCAAAUUCGUGUUGGACCUUGAGGAUGGGCUAAACCUUACUGAAGACCUAGAGAGCUUCUUACAGAAAGCUCCUGGCCCAUCCACAUGUUCCAGCACCGUCUCUGACAAGCCCUCCCCACCCAGCCACCAGACCAAAAAGGAGAUUCGCUUUGUAGAACUACAGAACGUUGCCUCCUCUUCCAGUGGGAACAACUUCCUUGUAGGAUCUCCCGCCUCCCCCAUGGGCGACAUCCUGCAUACCCCACAAUUCCAAGUGAGACGGCUGAAGAAGCAGCUUGCAGAUGAGAGAAACAAUAGGGACGAGCUGGAGCUGGAGCUGGCCGAGAACCGCAAGCUGCUCACCGAGAAAGACACACAGCUAGCGCUGAUGCAGCAACGCAUUGACCGCUUGGCUCUGCUCAAUGAGAAGCAGGCAGCCAGCCCACCAGAGCCCAGGGAGCUGGAAGAGCUACGUGGCAAGAAUGAGAGCCUCACUAUGCGGCUGCAUGACACACUGAAGCAGUGCCAAGACCUGAAGACAGAAAAGAGCCAGAUGGAUCGCAAGAUCAGCCAGCUUUCUGAAGAAAAUGGGGAUCUUUCCUUUAAGCUGCGGGAGUUUGCCAGUCACUUACAGCAACUACAGGGCGCCCUCAACGAGCUGACUGAGGAGCAUGGCAAGGCCACCCGCGAGUGGGGAGAGAAGCAGGCCCAUUUUGAGAAGGAGCUCAGCACAGCACUGCAAGACAAGAAAUACCUUGAAGAGAAGAAUGAAAUCCUUCAAGGAAAACUUUCCCAACUGGAAGAACACUCCACCCAGCUCCAGGAGAACCCACCACAGGAAAAGGGCGAGGUGCUGGGUGAUGUCUUGCAGCUGGAAGCCCUGAAACAAGAGGCAGCCACUCUUGCCACAAACUGUGCCCAGCUCCAAGCCAAGGUGCAGGAACUGGAGACUGAGCAGAGCCAGCAAGAAGCGCAGCUGCUUGCAGAGCGGGGCCGCUUUGAAGAAGAAAAGCAGCAGCUGGCUGGCCUGAUAGCUGGCCUGCAGAGCUCUAUCUCCAAUCUCAACCAGGCUAAGGAAGACCAGGAGAAGGCCUCAAAGACUCAGAAUGCCCAGCUGACUGCUCAGGUGGCCAGUCUGACUUCUGAGAUCAGUACACUCAAUGCUACCCUCCAGCAGCAGGACCAAGAACUGACUGGCCUGAAGCAGCAGGCAGAAAAGGAGCGGGCCCAGCUAACCCAGAUACUCCAACAGCACGAACAGGCCUCCCAGGACCUCCGCCACCAGGUGGAGCAGUUGAGCAGCAGUCUAAAGCAGAAGGAACAGCAGUUGGAGGAAGUAGUCCAAGAGCAGAUGGCAAAUAGGAAGGAUCACGCCCAACAACUGGCCACUGUUGCCAAGGAGCGAGAGGCUUCCUUAAGAGAGAGGGACACUGCUCUCCAGCAGCUGGAGGCACUGCAGAAGGAGAAGGCUGCCAAACUAGAGAGGCUACAACAACAGCUUCAGGCUGCAAAUGAAGCCCGGGACAGUGCCCAGGCCUCGGUGACACAAGCCCAGCAGGAAAAGGCAGAUCUGAGCAGAAAGGUUGAGGAACUGCAUGCCCGCGUUGAGGCAGCGCACCGGGAAGAGCAGGAAGCCCAGGCCCGGCUCACAGAGCUGGAGACCCAGCUGAGAUCUGAACAGCAAAAAGCCACUGAGAGAGAGGGCAUAGCCCAGGAGAAUGACCAACUCCAGGAGAAGCUCCAGGCCCUGGAGGAGUCCUUGAAGGCCACCAGAGGCAGCCUAGAGGAGGAGAAACGCCGGGCUGCUGAUGCCCAGGAGGAGCAACUGCGUUGUAUUGCUGAGCUGGAGGCACAGACCCGAAGCCUGGCAGAACAGCAGAAGCAGGAGCAGAAACAGCUGGAAGAAGAGAAGUGUGGGCGCAAAGGACUGGAGACCCAAUUACAGAAGCUUGAAGAAGCCCACCAGGCAGAAACAGAAGCCCUGCGGCGAGAGCUGUCUGAGGCCAUCACCUCCCAGCGCAGGGGCCAGAGUGAGAAUGAGCAGCUGGCCAAGGAGGUAGCAACCUGGCGUGAGCGCUGUGAGGAGAGCCAGCGAGAGGAGGCACAGCGUGGUGCCACGCUGCAGGAACAGCUGGUAGCCUUGAAGGAUGAGUGUGAGAAGGCUCGCCAGGAGCUGCAGGAGGCAAAGGAGAAGGUGUCGGAGAUAGAGGCCCACAGUGAGCUCCAGAUAAGCCGGCAGCAGAAUGAGCUCACUCAGCUCCGUGCCAGCCUGGCUGCAGCCCACCAACAGGUCCAGGAGAAGGAGGUCGGGGCCCAGAAGCUUGCUGACGACCUCUCCACGCUUCAGGAGAAAAUGGCUGCCACCAGGAAGAAAGUGGCCCGUCUGGAAGCGCUGGUCUGCAAGUCGGGAGAGCAGCCGGAAGUAGGCUCCCUUGAGCACCCCAAGGCUGAGUGUGUGGAAGAACAGCAGGUGUGCAGCCCCCAGGCCACGCUGCAGGCCAUGGAGCAGGAGGCAGAGCGGAUGGUUAGUGAGCUAGAAAGGCUGCAGGCGGUGAUGAUGGAGAGCCAGGGCCGGCAGCAGGAGGAGCUUGGGAAGCAGGAGGAGGAAGUGGCACGGCUGACCCAAGAGCGGAGCCAGGCCCAGGCCGACCUGGCCUCCGAGAAGGCGGCCAAGGCCGAGCUGGAGAUGCAGCUGCAGAAUGCCCUCAAUGAACAGCGUGUGGAGUUUGCAGCCGUGCAGGAGGCUCUGGCGCAGGCCGUGAAAGAGAAGGAAGGGAAGGAUCAAGAACUGGCCAAGUUACGUAGUCAGGAGGCGGCCUUGAAAACAGAGCUGGGGGAGCUUCAACAAGACUUCAAACAGCUGAAGGAACACCUGGCCAAGAAGGAGGAGGAGUACCAAGAGUCUGUCAAAACAGCCAGCGGAGAAGAUGUUUCUGGAAAGACAGAACCCUCAGGGGCAGAGCUGGAGGCUCUGCGUACAGAAGUGUCCAGUCUGGAGCAGCAGUGCCAGCAGCAUAAGGAGGCGGCCUCACGUCUGGAACAGAGCCUGGAGGCCGAGCAGGCCUCUCGCAAAGAGCAGGACAGUGCUCUGGACACACUGAAGGGCCAGUUAGAGGAGAAAGCCCAGGAGCUGGGGCGCAGUCAGGAUGCCUUAGCUUUGGCCCAAAGGGAACUUGCCACCCACCGUUCCAAGGCCCAAGACCACAGCAAGGCUGAGGAAGAGUGGAAGGCCCAGGUGGCCCGGGGCCAGCAGGAGUCUGAAAGAAAAAACAGCCUCAUCAGCAGUUUGGAGGAGGAGGUGUCCAUCUUGAAUCGCCAGGUCCUGGAAAAGGAGGGUGAGAGCAAGGAGUUGAAGCGUCUGGUGAUAGCCGAGUCGGAGAAGAGCCAGAAGCUGGAGGAGCGGCUGCGGAUGCUUCAGGCAGAGACAGCCAGCAGCAGCGCCCGUGCAGCUGAGCGCAGCACCGCCCUGCGUGAGGAGGUGCAGAGCCUCCGGGAUGAGGCGGAGAAGCAGCGUGUGGCUUCAGAAAGCCUGCGGCAGGAGCUGGCAUCGCAGGCAGAGCGUGCGGAGGAGCUGGGUCAGGAGCUGAAGACAUGGCAGGAGAAGUUCUUCCAGAAGGAGCAGGCCCUCUCUGCGCUGCAGCUUGAGCACACCAGCACGCAGGCCGCAGUGAACGAGCUGCUGCCAGUCAAACACCUGUGCCAGCAGCUCCAGGCCGAGCAGGCUGCUGCUGAAAAGCGCCACCGAGAGGAGCUGGAGCAGAGUAAGCAGGCAGCUGGUGGGCUGCGGGCCGAGCUGAUGCGGGCCCAGCGGGAUCUCGGGGAGCUGGGACCCCUGCGGCAGAAGGUGGCAGAGCAAGAGCGAGCAACCCAGCAGCUGCGGGCGGAGAAGGCCAGCUAUGCCGAGCAGCUGAGCAUGCUGAAGAAGGCCCACGGCCUGCUGGCCGAGGAGAACCGGGGCCUGGGGGAGCGGGCCAAUCUUGGCCGGCAGUUCCUGGAAGUGGAGCUGGAUCAGGCACGAGAGAAGUACAUCCAGGAGCUGGCAGCUGUGCGAGCCGAUGCAGAGGCCCGCCUGACAGAGGUGAGGCAGGAAGCACAGAACACUGCCCGGGAGCUGGAGGUGAUGGCUGCCAAGUACGAGGGAGCCAAGGUCAAGGUCCUGGAGGAGAGGCAGCGAUUCCAGGAGGAGAGGCAGAAACUCACUGCCCAGGUGGAGCACCUAGAACUAUUUCAGAGAGAGCAAACUAAGCAGGUGGAAGAACUGAACAAGAAGCUGGCCGACCAUGAUCAGGCCAGCAAGGUGCAGCAGCAGAAGCUGAAGCCCAAUCCUAAUGAUAAGCUUUUCCAGGUUCAGGGUGGUGAGAGCCAGCAGGAGGCCCAGCGACUCCAGGCCCAGCUCACUGAGCUGCAGGCCCAGCUGAGCCAGAAGGAGCAGGCCGCUGAGCACUACAAGCUGCAGAUGGAGAAAGCCAAGACACAUUAUGAUGCCAAGAAGCAGCAGAACCAAGAGCUGCAGGAGCAGCUGCGGGGCCUCGAGCAGCUACAGAAGGAGAACAAGGAGCUGCGUGCCGAAGCCGAACGUCUGGACGGGGAGCUGCAGCAGGCCACGCUGAAGACCAAGGAGGCUGAGCAGACCUGCCACCAACUCACUGCCCAGGUGCACAGUUUGGAGGCACAGGUUGCCCAUGCCGACCAGCAGCUCCGAGACCUAGGCAAGCUCCCAGUGGCUACUGAUGCCUUAAAGAGCCAGGAGCCCCAGAAUAAGCCCCAGCUGGACCUGAGCAUUGAUAGCCUGGACCUGAGCUGUGAGGAGGGGACCCCGCUUGCUAUCAGCAGCAAGCUGCCUCGUACCCAGCCAGAUGGCACCAGUGUUCCUGGAGAGCCAGCAUCCCCCAUCUCCCAGCGUCUGCCCCGCAAGGUAGAAUCCCUGGAGAGUCUCUACUUCACACCCAUCUCUACUCGGAGUCAGGCCCCCCUGGAGAGCAGCCUGGACUCCAUGGGGGACGACUUUCUGGACUCGGGUCGUAAGACCCGCUCUGCUCGUCGACGCACCACACAAAUCAUCAACAUCACCAUGACCAAGAAGCUGGAUGUGGAGGAGCCAGACAGUGCCAACUCAUCCUUCCACAGCACACAGUCUGCCCCUGCGCCCCAGGCCAGCCUUCGAACCACCUCUUCCCAGUCUCUGCCCUGCUUGAGCUCUACCAAUGAUGGCAAUUCGGCCCUGCUUAGCCUGCCUGGCUACCGGCCCACCACUCGCAGCUCUGCCCGCCACUCCCAGGCCAGGGUGUCCAGUGGGCCCCCUUCAGGAAGAAACAGUUUCUACAUGGGCACCUGCCAGGAUGAACCGGAACAACUUGAUGACUGGAACCGCAUUGCAGAGCUACAGCGGCGCAAUCGAGUAUGCCCCCCACACCUGAAGACCUGCUAUCCUGUAGAGUCCAGGCAUUCCCUAAGCCUGGCCACCAUCACAGACGAGGAGAUGAAAACUGGCGAUCCCCAGGAGACCCUGCGCCGAGCCAGCAUGCAGCCCACCCAGAACACUGAAGGCGCUGGCAUUACCACCCGACAGCAGCGCAAGCGUGUUUCCUCAGAGUCUCACCAGGGCCCCGGCACCCCCGAGGCCAAGAAGGCCACCAGCUGUUUCCCACGCCCCAUGACUCCCCGUGACCGUGACCGACAUGAGGGGCGCAAACAGAGCACUACCAAGGCCCCAGAGAAAGCAGCCCCUGCUGUUAAACAGGCUGACCGGCGCCAGUCAAUGGCCUUCAACAUCCUCAACACACCCAAGAAGCUCGGGAAUAGCCUUCUACGGCGAGGAGCCUCAAAGAAAGCCUCAUCUAAGACCUCCCCCAGCACGCGCAGUGGAACACGCCGCUCUCCGCGCAUUGCCACCACAGCCAGCUCCACCAGUGCUGCUGCCACCCCUCGCGCCAAGGGCAAGGCAAAGCAUUAA